GGUAGGGCUGGGAAAUGGCAUUCAAGGCAAGUGAUCUGGAGGCGAAGCUUCGGGAGCAGCUGCCCGUGAUGAUUGGUUUGGCUGGCGAUGGAGAACCGGCUUCGGCGUCCAGCACUCGCCCCUGUGAGACAGCGUGUUUGAAAUCUCGCCCAGGACUACUGGACUUGAGCGAUGAAGUUCUCGUCCUCAUUUUCCGGCGGCUGGACCCCUUCUCCCUGCUGAGGGCUGGGAGCACCUGCCGGGCCCUGCUCAGGGUGUGCAGCUGCAGCUCCCUCUGGAGACCGCUCUUCCAGGUGUCAUUUGGGGUCUCAUUUACUGCUGCUGUGAAUUCCAUAUCCUUGAAAGAUGCUUUCCGCCUCCUGUACAUGUGGAGAGUGUUGUAUAGCAGUCUGCACUGCAAUGCACAUCUCCAGAAGAAGCUGUUCAGUGAGACUCCUAAAUAUUGGGUCCAGUGGCUGGUGCUUGAAGAGAAGGUACCUUUGCCUCCAGUAAAACUUCCAGAUUAUGAAAUGGAAAAUAUCUGGGGGUUAAAAUUAGACUGUCUUGAAGGGAGACACAGAGAGGAUGCUGAAGAAGGCGAAACGGACGGGAUUUUGAAAUUUGAAUGGAAAGAGUUGUAUGACCGUGCUAUAAAGCAUCAUGGCAGUUUUGCUAAUGUUGUACAACAUGUUCUUGAACAACAGAUUAAAAAUGACCACAGCGAACUCGAGGAGCUGUACAGGGAGUACCGUCGGUUCAGGUUCCUGUGGCACUUGACUUACUGGCUGUUCAAGCAGCCGAAGCCCGUUGACCGGGAUCUACGCAACACAUUCCUGCAGUGGAAGAGGUAUAAGAGGCGCAAGGUGGCCUCCUGGGGGAAGGCCCAGUGUGACGUUGACUAUCUUGCUCACCUGCAUCACGUCACCAGGGACUACAUUGAAGGACAGUUGGCAAAAGGGGAUGAAAACGUUGUCUCAGGAAAACUGGGAGUAUUGGAUAAUCAUCCUGGUUUCUCACUUCUCUCUCCAAUUCCCUUUGGUAAGGGUUAUAGGAAGAUAAAGGUCUACACAGAUACUCUGGAUGGGGUGUACAUGGUGCUGAAUAAGGAAAUGGCAGUCUCUGGGGUCAAUCAUUACCAGUUCUGUCAGGUUGCCAAAGUUCAGAUGGCAAGAGUAUGCAAGCUGGAAGAGACGGCCAUGAAUUAUGUCAAUUGGAGAAUGAUUGACUCCACAUACUACUACAAGUUAUUCAUGUUGACUGGGUGUGAUCACCUCCUGAUAUACCUCAAAGCAUUCCUGCACCGGAAGAGGGUAGUCAAUGACUGGAUUCUUCAGGAUGAAAAUGCCUGGGCAAGACAAAAGCUGCCAGAAAAGCUCUACCGACUUCUGCAGUUUGAGACCAAAAUCUCCAAAGGCAGUCUUCAUGGUGACCACCCAUUUGCCCGGCUCAGUCGAGCCAUCUGGAUCUACUUGCUAUAUGGUGAGCAGUUGCUCAUGGAGGAUGUGAAGGAACUGGUCUUCCAGUAUGCUCAAGAUGCUCUUUAACCUGUGAUUUUGCUUAUCAGUCUUGCCAGAUUUUUUUUAUUGAUUUGUGAAAGUGUUUUUUUAGUAAGUCAAGACCUUUUAGUGACCCUCCAGUGGAGGUUAUUUUCUAGGGUUUUGAAGUGUUUUAUAGCUUUUAAUUGCAUUAUAGAAACCUUUUUUAUGCAGUUCAAAGCUCAAACUGCAAACCAUGCUACAAAAUUAUUUUUUUAAAACUUAUUGUAUCCCUUUGUUUUUUACUUUUUUGAAAGUGGAAUAUUUUAUUGUAUACAUGCUUGUUGUAACUUUACCUUUUAACAUUCUCGAAGUGCAUGGAUUUUUAGACCAACUCACUAACAAGUAAACCACAUAAUGCUUGUUAUAAGUUGUCAUGUUUCUUUCAUGCUUUGCAAAUGUGGAAUCAAUGCCACAACUUUGAAGAGAUCUAGGAAAAUGUCACAACACAUUAUAGCACUUGAGUAGCUUUCCAUGAUUGUGUAUUAUAAGGUGACAACCGGUUGGUUUCCGAUUUAGAUAUCGGUUAAGGAUAUUUGAUAGUAAAACAUUAAGAUGCAUACCAGAGUGAAGGAAAUGGACCUCUUGACUUGUGGCUUGUUGGAUGCCUGCAGGGGUGCCUUAAUGUAUGUUAGAAUUGUCUACCUCCUCAGCACUAAGACCAGUUGCCAACAGGAAAAUGCUCUUCAUGUUGUCCAACUUCUAGUCUAAAAUCAAUUUUAAACUCAAAUAGGACCGUUUUGAAACUGUCCAUGCACUGUAAAAAAAAAAAAUGUAAUGCUAAUCAGCAUUGUUACUCAUUUGGUUUAAUAACAUUUGUUCAUUCCUGCCGCUUACUGAAUGUUCACUGUACACUGGCAUUACUCUCCAAAUUAAGUUUCAAUAACAAAAAUGUUAAUUUUACCUCUACAGUUCCUGUCCUGUUGGGGAGCCCUAGUGAGCACAAUUUCUAAAGUUAAUUUUAUGGCGCUUUCAACAAGUGUCUUCUGGCCUCUGGAUGUUGAUUCUGAAGUCCAAUACUGUAUGUGGAAAUUUUGUGAAGGCUAUUGAGAAUCUUAUACUUACUGAUUAAAUUAUGAAUUCUUCAGUUUAAGAGACCUGAAAAAUCCAGUGUUUUAACCUGUCAAUAUAGGUCAUUUUUUGUCUGGGGAUGUCCUCUGGACUGUUUCCAGAGCUUGUAAAAUGUUGUAACAUUAUGUAAAUUAUAUGCCAUUCUAUUUGAAGUUUUACUUGUGUGUGUGUGUGUACAUCGUUUGCAUAAUGUCCCUAAAAAUGACUGCUUUGUUGCAUCCUUACAUUUAAUAGACUGCAUGAAAAUAACACUUUCAUAUGUACCGUAGCUUAAGUUCAAGGUUUCCCAGCUUGCGUCUUUCUGUAACCUGCUUCCAACUCUGCAUUUGUUAGCCUUAAAUAUAAUUUCCAAGACCUUUA